AAAUUAGAACUGAAAAUUCUCACAAGCUACUUUCUGAAAUAAUUAAUCCUAAAAAUAAAUCUGUUAAGAAUUCAACUCGGUAUUCUGCAUCACAUCCUACUUUGUGGAAUUCAAUAUGUUACAAGAUAAAUAGUCAUCAAGCUUCUGAAAAUAUAGAUGAAACUUCUUUCACGUUUAAUUUAGAAAAACUACCAG